UACAUAUACAUAUAACAAACUUCCAAAAUUUUAACAGAUCAUAAAAUGUUUCCCUGAUUGGUACAUAUAAGAUGUUGUAUCCUAAUAUUUUGACAAUGAUUCAUUAGUUUUCUUUACCUGUCCAGUGUCCACAUUUACAUAGGGAGAGAGAACACAAAUAGUAAUACAAAGGAAAAAAAAGACAAGGGAGAUGACAUCAAACGGAACUCCAAGGAGAUCUCCGAACAUAAGACCCACACCACCACCACCGCCCACAGUCACCUUCGCCCGCCGGACUAGUUCAGGCCGGUACGUGGGCUACUCCAGGGACGACCUUGAAAGCGAGCUGGGCAGCACAGACUUCUCCAAAGAAUAUUUCACCAACUACCAUGUCCUCAUCCCUCCCACCCCUGACAACCGCCCCAUGGAACUUCUCACCAUGGACCCCUCCAUCUCCACCAAGGUUGAAGAACAAUACGUCUCCAACUCCCUCUUCACCGGCGGCUUCAACAGCGCCACUCGUGCUCACCUCAUGGACAAAGUCACUGACUCUGACACUCAAAUGCCCACCGCCGGUGCUGCCUCCAAAGGAGCAUCUCUCUGCACCGUCACUGGAUGUGACAACAAGGCCAUGGAUGUCAUUCCUUGCGAGUGUGACUUCAAGAUAUGCACUGACUGUUUCAAUGAUGCAGUCAAGCUCGGUGGUGCCGUCUGUCCUGGUUGCAAAGAUAUGUAUAGGAAUACAGAGAUGGAGGAGUUGUUGCUUGGUGCUGUCACUCCCGGGAGGCCGUUGUCAUUGCCGCCGCCGGCACCGACCAAGAUGCAGAGGAGCUUGUCACUGAUGAAUUCCAAGAAACAGUUGAUGAGGAGUCAAACUGGAGAGUUUGAUCAUAACCGUUGGUUGUUUGAGACUAAAGGGACGUAUGGGUAUGGGAAUGCUAUUUGGCCACAGGAGGAGGAGGAGGAUCAUGACGAUGAUGAGAUGGACGGUGAUGGUGGCCAUGCUCAUCAUCAUCAUCAUCACCAUCAUCACCCUUCUCAGCUUAUGGCUAAACCUUGGAGACCUCUUACCAGGAAGCUUAAAGUCCCUGCUGCUGUCUUGAGUCCUUAUAGACUUCUUGUUGUUGUGAGAAUGGCAGCGCUUGGGUUGUUUCUGGCAUGGAGAAUAACACAUAAGAACAAGGAUGCUGUUUGGUUGUGGGGAAUGUCUGUAGUGUGUGAGCUAUGGUUUGCCUUCUCAUGGAUUUUAGAUCAAUUGCCCAAGCUUUUUCCUGUUAACCGUGCUACUGACUUGUCUGUGCUCAAAGAGAAGUUUGAGUCUCCCGGACCAAAUAAUCCUGCAGGCAAGUCUGAUCUCCCUGGCAUCGAUGUUUUCGUCUCCACUGCUGAUCCGGAGAAAGAGCCUCCUUUAGUCACCUCUAACACCAUACUCUCCAUUCUUGCGGCUGACUACCCGGUGGAGAAACUAGCUUGCUAUGUUUCUGAUGAUGGUGGUGCAUUAUUAACUUUCGAGGCAAUGGCCGAAGCAGCUAGCUUUGCAAAUAUCUGGGUUCCAUUUUGCCGGAAACACGACAUUGAACCGAGGAAUCCAGAGAGUUACUUCAAUCUCAAGAGGGAUCCUUAUAAGAACAAAGUGAAGCCAGAUUUUGUGAAGGAUAGGAGGAGGGUGAAGAGAGAAUAUGAUGAGUUCAAAGUUAGGAUCAACGGCUUGCCUGAGUCUAUAAGGAGGCGGUCUGAUGCUUUUCAUGCUCGUGAAGAGAUCAAGGCCAUGAAACUUCAAAGAGAUCAGAAUGCUGGUGCUGGUGUUCAUGGGAAUGGAGAAGAACCUCCCAUGGAGCCUGUGAAGAUCCCCAAAGCUACUUGGAUGGCUGAUGGAACACACUGGCCUGGUACCUGGCUCAACUCAUCCCCUGACCAUACCCGUGGUGAUCAUGCUGGAAUCAUUCAGGUGAUGCUGAAGCCACCAAGUGAAGAACCAUUGACAGGGAAUGAAGAAGGGAAGAUGAUAGACUUAACCGAUGUGGACAUCAGGCUACCAAUGUUGGUCUACCUCUCUCGUGAGAAAAGACCUGGUUAUGACCACAACAAAAAAGCAGGGGCCAUGAACGCCCUCGUCCGGGCUUCUGCUAUCAUGUCCAAUGGACCAUUCAUGCUCAACCUUGACUGUGAUCAUUAUAUCUACAAUUCACAAGCUAUCCGUGAAGGCAUGUGUUUCAUGUUAGACCGUGGAGGUGAUCGCAUUUCCUAUGUUCAAUUCCCGCAGAGGUUUGAAGGCAUUGAUCCAUCUGACCGAUACGCUAAUCACAACACUGUCUUCUUUGAUGUCAACAUGAGAGCACUAGAUGGCCUUCAAGGACCAGUGUAUGUUGGCACUGGUUGCCUCUUCCGCCGCAUAGCUCUCUAUGGUUUCGAUCCUCCACGGUUGAAGAAUCGGAGUUCAGCUGUGGUGGUGGCGGCAUCAUCGGAGGAGACAAUGGCAUUGCGUAUGGGUGACUCAGAUGAUGGCUUGAUGAACAUGUCAACAUUUCCUAAAAGGUUCGGUAACUCGAAUUUCUUCAUUGAUUCAAUCCCAGUAGCGGAGUUCCAAGGCCGGCCACUGGCAGACCACCCAUCAGUGAAGAAUGGCCGGCCACCGGGCGCACUAACAAUCCCACGAGAUCUGUUGGAUGCAUCAACCGUGGCGGAGGCGAUCAGUACCAUCUCAUGCUGGUAUGAGGACAAGACAGAAUGGGGCCAGAGAGUGGGUUGGAUCUAUGGUUCAGUGACUGAGGACGUCGUCACUGGGUAUAGAAUGCACAACCGAGGCUGGAGAUCAGUGUACUGUGUGACAAAGCGCGAUGCAUUCCGUGGCACAGCACCAAUCAAUCUCACAGACAGGCUACACCAAGUGCUACGCUGGGCGACAGGUUCAGUCGAGAUCUUCUUCUCGCGCAACAACGCGCUGUUCGCCAGCCACAGGAUGAAGCUUCUGCAGAGACUUGCAUACUUGAACGUUGGUGUAUACCCUUUCACUUCAGUGUUCCUGAUCGUGUAUUGUUUUCUCCCGGCACUGUCGCUUUUCUCCGGGCAGUUCAUAGUGCAGAAUUUGAAUGUGGCUUUUCUCACCUACUUGCUGGUGAUCACGAUCACGCUGUGCAUGUUGGCAGUGCUGGAGGUGAAGUGGUCCGGGAUUGCACUGGAGGAGUGGUGGAGGAAUGAGCAGUUCUGGCUUAUUGGAGGGACAAGUGCACACUUGGCAGCGGUGUUGCAAGGGUUGCUCAAAGUGGUGGCUGGGAUUGAGAUAUCUUUCACAUUGACUUCUAAAUCGGCUGGGGAUGAUAUGGAUGAUGAGUUUGCAGAGCUGUAUGUGGUGAAGUGGACUUCAUUGAUGAUACCACCCAUCACGAUCAUGAUGGUGAAUUUGAUUGCCAUUGCUGUGGGAAUUAGUAGGACGAUUUACAGUGUGGUGCCACAGUGGAGUAAGUUGCUGGGAGGGGUGUUCUUUAGCUUCUGGGUGUUGGCUCAUAUGUAUCCAUUUGCAAAGGGGCUUAUGGGGAGGAGGGGGAGGACGCCUACCAUUGUGUUUGUUUGGUCUGGGAUUCUGGCUAUCGGUAUUUCACUGCUCUGGGAGGCCAUUAAUCCUUCUGAUCCUAAUAAUUCUCAGAUCGGUGGUUCAUUCACAUUCCCUUGACCACAGCUGCUAUCGAUUGCAUGCACGUGUGUACCUAGCCAAC